GGUAGAGAUAUCUCUUUGAUCAGUCAAAUCAUAUUUGGUUUGAGACGAUAAUGUGGUGUUAUACGUUUCAUUUUUUCUUUUCCCUCAGUAACAUUAGAGCAGUUGAUGAAAGCUGCGCGCGGUCAAGCCCACAUCUCUAAACGGCAUCAGCCUGAUUUAGACUGUAGAUGAUGAUGACUAGAUGAGACAGCAAAUACUCACGAGAGUGUGUGCUACUGGUUUAAUAGUUGUCAAACGAGUCUUCGCCCGCAACAAGAGGAUGGAAGUAUAGAGACAGUGUUUCCUUGAGGACAAAGUGAUGGAGCAGGGAUCAGAGGAGGACAUGGAAAGCUCGUGGACUCUGCUCUCCUGGCUGGCCUCUAGUGUGCUGGUGUUUGGGGGUGCCGUGCCCUAUGUCCCCCAGUAUCAGGAGAUCCAGAGGACCAAUAACUUAGAGGGCUUCUCAACAAGAGUCUGCCUGGUGCUGCUCAUUGCCAACAUACUGCGCAUUUUCUUCUGGAUAGGUAAGCAGUUUGAGCUGCCUUUGCUGCUGCAGAGUGUGGUGAUGAUACUUACCAUGUUGGCUAUGCUGCACUUGUGCUGUUCCAUCCAGACCACCAACCGAGUCAGUACCAAACAGCACCAUGUCACCGAUUUGGACAUCCGGUAUUUCUGGAGCUGGAGUUCUUUUGAAGACUACCUGAUGUUCUGCUUUGCCUUCACCCUGCUGUGUGCUUUUAUGACGUUCCUUUUUCUGGACUGUGUCUUGUUUGUGGAAGCUCUGGGCUCUUUGGCUGUGAUGUUUGAAGCCAUGCUGGGUGUGCCUCAGCUGCUACAGAACUACAACAACCGAUCCACUCGAGGAAUGAGCAUAAAGAUGGUGCUUCUGUGGACCGCUGGUGACAUCUUUAAGACUACGUACUUUGUGAUCAAUGAAAGCCCCACCCAGUUCAUAGUGUGUGGUGCGGUGCAGAUCUUAAUUGACAUUGCUAUUCUGCUCCAGGAGGAGAAACGUGAAAUGUGGCCAGAGGAAGAGAGUCCUUCAGCAUGAUGUGUGUGUUAUCUAACUAGGUGUCAUAUUUCACAGCACAUUAGCUUCUCUGAUAUGACCAGCAUG